AUGGAGUCAGACAGCUCAGAUUCUGACAGCGGCGUGCGGGAGGUCGAAGUGUGCGAAGCUGGAAUCUCUGGAUGCAUCGCUUGCACUCUGCUGGAUGAAGAGGACAACUGGGAGUCUCAUGCAGGGGUCCUGUGGAGAUUGGCUGAGUGUGGACGUUUGAAAGAUGUGGACUAUAUUUCGGGAGUCUCUGGUGGGACCCAUGCAGCAACAGCUUUCGCUUCGCAUGUGGUGGCGGAGGAAGCUCCUACCGGGAACCUGGACUAUUGGUACUUGCAAGUUGUGGCCAAAUUAAUUGCUCGCAUGCAAAACAACACCCCGUACCUUUGCCGGGAUUUGUGGCAAGAUGUGCCUCCAGAGACCCAAAUCGGCUCUGGGACUUUCCCCCGAGCUUUUGAUCUGGUGCAGACCGUAGGGGUGGUGCUCGGAACCCUGCUGCGUGCACCUCUGGCGAUUACCGUGUUGGUGAUUUUGCCUGCGGUUGAGGUGAUAGAGACAUUGUAUGGCAGAGAGAUGCGGGCAGAAUUCUGUGAAGAUGUGCUUGGUAAAGCUUCGGAUCAGCAUGCUGUCAUUAGUGUGUUUGGGCGCAGCACUACGCAGAAGCAAGCACUGAUUCUCCUAGUCAUGAUUGCAGUGGCAAUCUUGGCAUCCUGGCAUUGGGAACAAGCAUUGUAUGCAGCCGUGCCGCUGAUCACUACCAAAACCUGA